AAAUGAAUGUUUAGUUAGUUAUCAUAUCGGAUGUCCAUUUUGUUGGACGUUGCAUUCAUUGCAGAGCUAUGGAGUCCGAUAAGGAAAUCACCGUUGUGUAUGGCGACGUCUGUUUGAGGAAAGAAAAAAGAAAAAGACAGAGGUCACUGCUCGUGGAGAAGUUCUAUGAUUUUACAAGCAGUACCACAUUACACGGGCUUAGGUACAUUACACAAAGAGGUCUGCAUCCAGUAGAAAAAAUAUUCUGGUUGAUAACCUUCAUAAUAAGCGUAUUAAUCUGUUUCUAUUUGAUGAGCAACGUUUGGUUUAAAUGGAAGACCUGCCCUGUCAUUGUCACCUUGAGCGAGAGAUUAGUGUCGGUUGAUGAGGUACCCUUUCCAUCAGUAACGAUUUGUCCACAAAGCAAAAAUUCCCCAAAAAUUUACGAUUACUUUGAAGAAAAAAAAAAUUUAUACCAGGGAUUAAAAUAUUCCAUGAUACAUGAAACGAAUACUAUUGAUCAAAAUCAGUUAGAAAAAUUGCAAGACGUGUCUAUGAUCUGUGAAAGCGAAGUUUUGGAUUUGCUUUGGGUUGAUUCAUACGGUUUCAAUACGUUGGAUCGUCUUUAUUCUAAUAUCAGCCUUGUUGAACAUAUAUUGCAGGUGAUACCAGAUUUUGAAGAGUUUUUUGACAGCUGUGUUUGGCGUAACGAGUACAUAGAAUGUAAGAAAUUAUUUCAAAGAGUUCUCACAUCGGAAGGCGUCUGCUACACAAUGAAUACGUUGGCAUCAUCCGAAAUAUUCCGGACCGAGAAUUUACAUGGAGAUUUUGCUUACUUGGAAUCAACAGAGAUGAGCCGUAAUUGGACGAUAGAGGAAGGCUAUAAAAGCGAAGAUAACAAUACAUAUCCAAGAAGAGGAAGGAAAAACGGGGCCGAGCCAGAUUUAAAAGUUGUACUUAAAGAUAACCCGGAACAGAAAGAUAAGCUAUGUAAUAAACUUAAAAAUGGUUUCAAGAUAUUUAUACACCAUCCCGCAGAUUUGCCGCAGCCUUCAUUGUACUAUUACAGUGCGUUGUCGUCCCAAGUUUCUUCUAUGGCACUAAAAUUUGAUAUUUUGCGUACAUCAAACAGUUUGGAUUCAUUACCCGUUGAGCAACGUCAAUGCUAUUUUCCCCACGAGCGACAACUGAGAUAUUUCCAAAGCUAUUCUUCAAACAAUUGCCGAGUCGAAUGCUUGACUAAUUACACAUUUACGAAAUGUGGAUGCGUCGCAUUUUAUAUGCCCUAUCACAUCAGUGAUAAAAUUUGCACCUUAGCAAAGUUUGAGUGCGUGAAAAAUGCCAAAGAGGAAGUAGCACAAACACGUGGAAUGGAAUCGAUAUCCGACAACGCACAUGCAUGUCAAUGCCUCCCUUCCUGUAACAGUAUCGAUUAUGACGCCGAGAUUCUGAAGUCAGAAUUCCACAUAAAGGAUUACAUGACAAGCUUCACGAAAAGUUUCGGUUACGACGAUAUAUAUAGUGAAACGAUAAUGGGCAAUGACAGUUUCUCGAAGAUAGAACUGUUUUAUAAGUUACCACGUUUCAUGUCGUUCAAACGUUCAGAACUAUUUGGCAAGACCGACUUCUUGGCGAACUGCGGCGGUCUCCUCGGGUUGUUCCUAGGAUUCUCUUUCCUCAGUCUAGUCGAGAUAAUCUAUUUCAUAACAUUGAGAAUAUGGUGCGCCUUAGCACGGGAAAAGCGUUAUCAGAAAAAUGAAAAAUGAAACAGAAAUAUCAUCAUUAAAUAUAUAUUUAUUGUAGACAUUAUUAAUAGAUUGAGGAAUGUCUGUUUUGACCUUUUUUAAUUUACAUACUAAUAUAAAAAAAUUGUACAUAAAAAGUCACAUUUAAAUAUGAAAAAAAGAUGACAAUAUUAAGAAUAUAAUUUAUGAAAGUGGUACAUUAAUGGUGACGCAAAAAAAGGUUAUCAGCAUAAAAUUAAAUAUAAUACGUGCAUAUUCGGAAAUCCGUUAAGUAAAGAAUAAGGCUCAGAAGAAUGUCCCCAGUUCUCAAUUUUGAAACAAAAUAAAUAAGCUAUCCUUCAAAGAUGCUUUGUUUUUGGCUUAAAUAAAAUAAAAACCUACGACAUAUACUUAUGUUAUGCUGUCGCAAAGAAAAGAUAGCUUGAAUCGGAACACAUAUAGAUAAUCUUUUAAAUAAACAUUCCUCUUAGAUCAUUAAAAUAUGAUAUUUACAAUUGCACUUUAACUAAAUUUGUAUUUACUAUUAUCUAAAUUAUAAUACAUAAUUAAAUCAUAUUUUUUUAACGGGAUAAUUGUUAUUU